AUGGCAAUUUACGUUUCUAUCCUCGUUGUAGGGUCAUUUCUGAAGCUGUUGUGGCCUGACUGCAAAGGUGCCUCGGAAUCCGCGGGCGCGUACAGCUCUAUGAUUGGCUCGCUUGAAGGGCCCGCUCUGAUUAACGUUGACGCACCGUCUAUUGCCGCUUACCUAAGCGUGGGUAUAAGUCCACAAGAGAGGGAAGUUCGACUUGCAGUGUCUGCUGAGGACAUAGUCGCCCAUACUGACAGUGCUUUUUCUGUGUGGUUAGAAUGCACAUCUGCUCUCAUAUUCUCUUACCAGGAUUCUGGAAGAUACCGGUCGUGCGAAGAUAAAGACUGCAUGUUCAAGGAAUUACUCGGCGAGAUGGAACAGGAUGCAAUGCCUCAUAUUUCUAGGCUUUCCGGAAGGCGCAUCUUUCUGGUCCUUUCUCAAACAGACACCAUGCUUGUGAGCAUUGGGCUAACGGACUGUCGUGUUAAGGAUGGCGAUGUAUUAGUGCUUGCCCUCGGCCUUCCGGCAGUACUCGUACUUCGUAAAAUUGGCCAGAAGGAUAUUGUAAACGAAGGGGAGGAAUCAUGCUUCAAGAUAGUCGGGAGGGCGUUUGUGGAACCCACUCCAUUCGUUCAGGACGUUAAGAGUCACCCCCUGAUACAAUUUUCUAUCAAAUAG